AGAUGACGGCCAUGACCAUCAACGCCGCCCGCGGUCACCAUCAGCUGAUCAUGACGACGACGACGACGACAGCGACGACGACCAAGUCCGCCCUGCACCCACGACAGCAAUGUCUCGAACCCAGAGCCGCGCAUCGACGACACGCAACAGCACAUCUGCCGGGUCGAGCCCCUUGGCGCUAGUGACGAGUGUGCUGGAGGUCCCCGACGAGUUCUACGACACACACAGCCGGCGCCGCAAGACUGCCCUCGUGUGUUUCUGCUCCUUCUGCGCAUUCCUCUCGCCCGUCUCGAGCACGGCAAACCUGUCCGCCACGCCCGAGAUCUCGCACGAGUUCGGGACCACCGGGAGUGUGAUCAAUCUGUCUAAUGCGGUCUAUCUUCUGUUCAUGGGGAUCAGCCCGAUGUUCGUCGGGCCAAUGAGCCAGGUCUUUGGGCGCAGGAUGGUCAACAUUGUCGCAGCCUGGGGCUUUCUCGCCUCCUCCAUUGGCUCUGCCUUGUCGCCCAACAUUACGUGCUUCUUCAUCAUGCGCAUCAUCACCGCCAUCUUCGGCACGGCCUUCAUCCUCGCCGGCAAUGCCGUGAUCAGCGACAUCUACCGGCCUGUGGAGCGCGGCACGGCCACGGGCUUCCUGCUCAUUGGCAUGCUCGUCGGCCCGGCGUUCGGCCCUUUCCUGGGCGGCGUCAUCGUGACGUACACGACCUGGCGCGUCAUCUUCUGGCUGCAGACUGGUCUCGCCGGGCUCGCGCUGGCAGGCAGCUAUUUGAUCUUGCCCGAGACGAUAUACCACCUGCGCUGGGACGACCUGGCCGGGUUCUCUGGCCAGCAGCGCGUGAAGGUGCUCUGGAGCAUGGUGAACCCGGUCAGGGUGGUGCGGCUGUGGCGGUACCCAAAUGUUACGCUGGCCGGGCUGGCCAGCGCCAGCCUGCUGUGGAACAUGUACGGGCUGCUGGCGCCGAUCCGGUACACACUGAACCCGCGGUACAACCUCACGACGCCGAUGCAGGGCGGCUUCUUCUACCUGGCGCCGGGGCUGGGGUACCUGACGGGGACCUUUUUCGGGGGCCGAUGGGCAGACUGGAUGGUACGGCGGUGGAUCAAGAAGCGGAACGGGGAGCGGGUCGCCGAGGACCGGCUCCGUGCGGCGGCGCCGUUCAUCGUCGUCGUGGCGGCCUGCAUCCUGGUGUACGGCUGGACGGUCGAGAAAGACGUGGGCGGGAUCCCGCUGACCGUGGUCGUGAUGUUCCUGCAGGGCGUCGCCCAGCUGCAAGCGUUUCCAGCUUUAAAUGUCUACUGCCUGGACGUGAUGCCUGGGCGCAGCGCCGAGGUGAUUGGAUCCAACUACGCGAUGCGCUACCUCGCAGCGACGGUGAGCAUCGCGAUUGUGCUGCCGGCCAUCCAGAGCAUCGGGGUCGGCUGGUACUCGACCAUCUCGGCGGCGCUGCUGGUAGCGAGCGCCGGGGGUCUGGCGUAUAAUGUACGGUAUGGCCGGAUGAUGCGGGACAAGAUUGAUGACAAGAGGAGAGCCCAGCAGGAGGCGCAGCGGCAGAGACGGCAGCGCAAGCACGCCACGCCAGCUGAAGCCGAGGCGGUGGGAGUGCCAGCGACCGAGACGGAGACGGAGACGGGGACGGGCAAAGCUGGGUAGGCUAUAUGUAGCGUCAGGCUUCUAUUUCGUUGUGAACCAUGGCAUGCUGUUCCAAGGCAAUAAAAGGUGUCGAUGAGACUUGUUGCAGAG